UUACGCGCCAAACAAAUCUUAUUAGCUAAGAUUCAAGAUGAGGGCGGGCAUGGAUUAUACUUGUACAGCACGGCUGAAACCCUUGGUAUUUCACGCGAAGAAAUGAUAGAGCAAUUGCAUACUGGCAAAGCGAAGUACUCCAAUAUUUUCAAUUAUCCGGCUUUAACUUGGGCUGAUAUUGGCGCUAUUGGUUGGUUGGUAGAUGGCGCUGCCAUUGUGAACCAAGUAUCGUUACAAAAAACAUCUUAUGGUCCUUAUGCGAGAGCCAUGGUGCGGAUUUGCAAAGAAGAAAGUUUUCACCAACGACAGGGUUAUGAAAUUAUGGCGAACAUGAUGAAGGGCACAAAAGAGCAACAAGAAAUGGCACAAGAUGCGAUGAACCGCUGGUGGUGGCCUUCGUUGAUGAUGUUCGGUCCGCACGAUAGCGACAGUCCACAUUCCGGAAAUGCUUUCGUUUGGAAAAUUAAACGCAAAAGCAACGAUGAGUUACGUCAGCGUUUUAUCGAUAAAACCGUUCAACAAGCCGAAACCAUUGGUUUAACCAUUCCUGAUUCCGAUUUGAAAUGGAACGAAGCAAAGAACUGCUACGAUCACGGAGAAAUCAACUGGGAAGAAUUCAGACGAGUGGUGAACGGUAACGGACCGUGCAACAAACAACGCAUGACACAUCAUAUCAAAGUGCAUAACGAAGGCGCGUGGGUACGCGAAGCCGCUGCCGCUUAUGCAAAAAAAAAAGAUGGUUCUGAACAUGCACAUGCAGGCAGCGUUCACGCCUCUGACAGUAAAAUGGCAUUACAAAAUGCACGCGAUAUUUAUACGCGCAGAAACGAAGGAACAAGCAUUUGGGUGGUGCCUUCUAAUUCUAUAACUGCUUCAAAUCCGGAAGAUGCGUCAAUGCUGUUCGAU